AUGGCUGCAGAACAAGCAAUGCGUUACCCACCGAGACUUUACGAAGAAGGGAUGUCUAGCCUCAAGAAUAAAAGCAUGUGUACCUAUUUUAGGAUGGCAGAUUUCCCUGGGGUUAGGGAAUCAAUUGGACAAGACGCGUGGGUUGAGAUCAAGCAAUUACCUCUUGGAAUAGUUGCUAAACUAGUUGAAAGCAAAUUCGUUUGGUCUGCUAAGACUGUACACUAUCUAUUGUGUAGACAGUUGAAAAUUAAACACAAAGAGCUUUGGUGUUUAGUUGGUGGCCAGCCUAUAAGGUUUGGUUUGAAUCAAUUCGCUCACCUCACGGAGUUAAACAUAGAUCCAACUCCAUCAGAGAAGUUUGAACCUUCAGUUGACUUCAAACAGUUCUUAACAGAAGAACUGAAAGUUCCUGGUGGGGAAGGUCCAACAUAUGAUGAGCUACUUAAAGGAUUAUUACCAUUGGACUCUACUGCGUGCAUCAUACCAUUUGAAGCUGCAAAAAUAGUUUCUGAUGAUAAAGCCGUGAAGGCUUAUCCAUGGGGUCGGGUCGCAUUUGAGACUAUGGUUGAUAAUGUCAAGUGCUUGAAUCCUAGAGUCGAGAAUGAAGAGAUCCCGUUGUUUCGAUGGCCUGGAACCCGUACACGUUCAGCAUUAGAUGUGGCAAUUGCUGAAGAUAUCAAAAAGUAUAGUGAGCUGCGUGUGAGUACAAUGGUGAUGAAGGGUGAUGUAAGUGAGCUUUUUCAUACGUGGCCAAAUCAGACAGAAGAAGACCCAGAACUUGUCAACUUGGUCAAUGACAUACAUGAGGAAAAGCUUGUUAAAGGUUUUUGGGAUGUGAAAGUGAAUGAGGACAAGAAGAAAGCUGGAAAAAUUAGAGCAGCGGUUCAGUCUGAAUCUCCCGCUAAGAAGCAGAAAGUUGAAAAGGGUGGUGAUUCUGGUGCAGAAGAUGCACAGAAGAAGAAGAAGAAGAAGAAGAAGAUAAAUGAGGAGGUAAAGCCUCAUGAACAGAAGAAUAAGAAGAAGAAGAGUGAGGAGGUAAAGGCUGAUAGUGAAGAGGACGAUGCUGGUGGAAAGGCGUCACUUAAAUUACUCGUGGGUAUGGUUUCUGAAAUGAAAUCAAGUAUUGAGACCAUGAAAUCAAAGGUUGAGACCUUUGAUGAUAAGUUCACACAUGUUGAUGAAGAAUUCAUAAAGAUGAAAGGCCUAAUUUCCUUCGUUGCCAGAGGUGGAGGCCUAGCUGGUCUCAUGAGUGGAGAUGUUGGUAAGAUUCCUGUUGUGAAAUUCAAAUUCCCACAUGAAAAGAGUCACGGUAAGAAAGUUGUGGUUGAGGCUGAGGACAACAAAGGGGACAACAAAGCUUGUGACAGUGAUCUAGAGGAUAUCACUGACAAUAAUCUUUUCGAGAACUUCAACGUCUUACCUGAAUCUGAUGUUGAUGAGGAAGAAAGGAUUAGGAAUGAAAGGAUUAAAGAAUUAAGGACAGCAAAUGUGAAGUUUGCUAAAGAUGGGAGUGCAUUGGAGCCACAACCAAAAACUCAUGUUUUUCCUUUUAUUGGAGAGAACGGGCUUACAUGCAUGAGGAAGAACUGUGUACCUUCUGUUGCAAUAUUUGAUCCUUUCGCCCCUGUUGAUCAGGCCAGAUUGGAGAGAUUAUUGGAUCACUUAAGUCCAUACAAGGCUACCCCAUAUGGCAAGUCAGCCCCUGAAAUUGAAUUGUUCAAGAGACUCAUCACUGAAAGAAAGGAUUGGCCAGCUACGGACAAUAAGUAUGGCUGGCUGUGGGACGAUCAUGUGGGUGCGUUUAUGAGACUCCUCAGGAAACGGUUCCUUGAAGACCCCUGCCCAUUCCACACCAAACGUAUUGCGUUUUUAGACCCGUGGUUUACUGCUUUACUCGUUCAUGAGUAUAAUAAAGCAUUCAAGGAAAGACCACAAAGGUUUAAAUUCGAUGGUGGAUCUUAUGAGCGGGUUAUUAACGGAAAAAUGCCUGUAGAUCAGCCCACUGGUCUGAAGUGGAUAAAAGAUGUGGACAAACUGUAUCUUGUUAUACAAGUCGGAGGUGAUCACUGGAUUAAGCUAGAAGCUGACCUGACAAGGAGCCAUAUCGAUGUCUAUGACAGCAUUGUGGGUCAGGUAACACCUGAAAGUGAAGAAAAUAUCAUGAAGUGUGUUAAGCCGUUUGCGCAGAUGCUUCCAGCAAUGCUAAACGCAUUAGUCCCUGCUGAAAUCCGUCCACAAAGUAAGGCGAUGUUUUCCUUCAGAAGGAAAAUUAUAUCCAAGGUCCCUCAAAACCUAAAUCUCGGGGACUGUGGCGUGUACUCUCUCAAAUUUGUGGAAUGCCUAGCACUUGGUGUUAGUUUCGAUGGCCUCUGUGAUGAAAAUAUCCAAGGUAUACGGCUGAAGAUGGCAGCAGACAUUUUCGAUAAGGCAGCGGAUUACCUCAACCAGUUUCAGUAA